AUGUCUGGAAAAAACAAUAUUACUCCAGGUGGCAGCCACAUAUGUGGAAAUCCACCCUCGGCUAAUCCCGAGGCUAGGGCACGGAUUCUGGAGGCCCUACCCAACAUUCCCCCCAUCCCCGCCCCGACGGCGGCACACUUGGCCGUCGGAACAAGCAAUGCAACAAGUGCAAGCAAAGAAGAGGAGAGCUUGGCGUUUGGAAAAAGGUCAAAGGUUUUAAGGACCCCACCCCAAAACCCGAGCGAUGGCACCCCCAAGAGACCAUUGGAGGCAACAUCACCCCCUACCAGAGCUCAACUAGCAAAGCGGGUCAAGACCCCCCAGCUAGAAAUCGAGGAGAUGGGAGAAAUCCUGGACGACCUUCUGACGAAGGUCAACCUCAACGGGGUGAGGAGCAUUAAUCUGGCAAUGAAGAACUCAUUCGCCAGAUUGAAGGAGCUCCAAUUAAAGCUGCGCACUAGGCUGCCGGAGGCGGAGAAAACGAAGGUCGGACGUACGGCAAAAGCAGAUGCUAGCCAACAGACCACCCCUAAGCUCCCAUCCGGCCUCGAAGAACCGUGCAUCGUUAAGGGCAGCCCUAAGCCAAAGGAUCGCACGGCGCUGUCUGCGAAGAGAGCCCAGCGACCCGACCACCAGAAGGCUGCGGGACCCAAGCGCCUACCAAGGGCUCCGCCCCAAGCCACUGUAGCGGGAAAGAAGUCGCAACCAAACUUGCAGCAACCGCCCGGACCGCGCAAGAAGAGACCGCCGAGGGAGAGACCAGAUGCGUCCCAGCCUACCUAG